CCGGGAAUUGAUAGUACGUAAGUGCGAACCUGGCGAAAAUAUAAUCAACUAAAGUUGUGACGCAUUCAGAAUCCGCCGUCACAUGUGAGCUGUGCUCUGUAGUCAAAGUCCCAGAAGAAUCGAAAUUUAAAAGGAUUUUUGAGGUUAUGCGUUCUCUUUUUGUUCACAGUGAAUGGCGACAUAAUAUAGGAGAAGUACUGCGUGUGUGAAAGUUCUAAUUUUCCUUUAAAAAAACGUGAACGUACUGUGCGAAAAUGUGGAAAUUGGUUUCUGCUUUGAGGAUUUUAAGUCAGAGAAGUCGGUCGCACACUGCUCAUAUUUCUUUAGGAAAAAGAUAUUUUCUCUCAGAAGCUUUUCAGUUAAGAAAUGUAUGGGAGAAACGUUUACAAGCACCUGUUCUUCAAAAUAUAAAUCUAGAUGAAUUGUUUCAUGCAUUGGAUCAGAAAUUUAAUCGUGAUGGGAAAGCAAGUGCAAUAGAUAUUGAUCUGUUUGCCAAUGCAGUAAGGAAUGAAUCUUAUAUCGAUGAAUUGGAAGACUUAAUUCACAAGUUAAGACUUAGUGUAAACACAACAAAAACUCUUCCUUCUACCCAUCAUGCAGUUGUAAGAUAUUUUAUGGAUAUUGGACAAUAUGAAUCACUUAUAAGAAUUCUAAAUGACAGACUCAAUUAUGGGAUGUUUCCAGACCAUUACAGUUUAUGUUUGCUCUUGGACACAUUUAUCAAGAAGAAACAAAUAUCAGAAGCAGCAAGAGUAAGUUCUAUUCAUAUGCUGCAAGAAGAUUGGAACAAUCCUCUUGUGACUGCAUUGGCAUUGUAUGCAUGCCAUGAGUAUGUUCAAAAUCCUGCCCCUUGGGAAAGUGAGGUUGAAGAGGACGAUGGAGAAGAAGUCAAGGUGCGAGUGCAUUAUGUUCGAAAUCCUUACUUUGAUGAUCAUUUUGACCUUCGAGAGCCUCAACUUUUAGUUGGCAAAACUUUGGCAGCUGUGGGAGCCACAAUGCCUGAUGCUGUUGGACAGACUUAUCGGUUGGUAGGAUUGGGUCUCCAUAGAAAAUGGGAGAAAGCGAUAUCACUGUUGGAACAAUUGCCAAAUACUGGUGUGAAGCCUGGCAUUUACAGUGCAGGGUUAAAGGUAUUUGAAGAAACUUUCAAGAAAGAAUUAAAUGAUGAAAAUGAUCCUGAAUCUAAGCUGCGAGAAAACUUGAGAAGACUUGUAAAAGAAUUAGAAACUAAAGGACUAGUUACAAAUGAUGAUCUUCAUGAUGCAGUUGUGUCAAAGGUGGAACAAAUAGUUGCUAGAGAAGAAAAGAAUAUGAUCAGCACCCAAGAAGCAUUGUAUGGAGAAUGGGAGAAAAUGCGUGAGAAAGUGCUGAAAGAAGAAAUGGAGGAACUGAAGAGACAGCAGAGGCUUGCACUUGUUGAGCAAGAGAAACAACAAUUAAUUCAAAAGGAAAAAGAACUGUUCUUUUUUGAUAAUGAGGACAAGAUUGACAUGCUUCUUGAAAAGCAAGGGUUACAAGAGGAAGUUGAGAAAAAGUUACGAGGAAAGACAAGUAAGGAUCCAGAAGUUGAUUAUAUUCCUCCAGAAAUAAGUAGAUCUAGAAAUUAAAACAGUGUUCAUAGUCCUUCUGUUAUAUUUCAUGUAACCAUUGUACAUGUUCAUGAUAUUUACAUUUUCAUUUAUCAAUAAACUGAUAUUGUGUAAAAUCAAAUUUAAUAAAUUAGUUCCACCUCUAUAGGAAAAAUAAUGUACAUUAACAAAAACAAAUAGUAUCACAUUUUCUUCUGCUUGCUUGAUGGACAACAGUUUUUGGUAAAACACUUUUCUUUUGUUAAAUAAGCUACUUCAUGAAUUCUUCAGAUAACAAUGUUACUUUGUGCUCGUAACGACUCAGCCAUUUCCCCAUUUGUCGAGUUGCAUCCAUCUUCCUACGAACAUGGCCGAUGAGUUGCUUCAGCCACAACGCAUCUGAUGAUGAUCGGUAAUAAAUACACCAUGGCAAGUAUGAAGCAAUCACAACCACCCAAUUCUCAGGAAUAUGUGGGAACAUAUGCACAGCUUUCUGAGAACUUCUUAGACUUGGUAUAGCUUUUUCAGAAAACAAAUGGCCCAAGCUAACCAAGGACAUAACCUGCAAAAAUUCCAUAUUACUGCGACCCAAGUACAGUGCUACUUGAGCACAAACUGCUGCUGAUGAUGGAUUGGGACAUUUUGGGUACAUGUUAAGCAAUAACAAAGCUAAAGCUAACCAGAGAGAGGCUUGUCCAGGAUAGGUAUGAGUAGGGCUGCUGAGGCAUCGAACAGCUUCUUUGGAUCGAUUCUGGAAUUAUGAAAGUUCUUUCACCAUUUUCUUUUCUUCAUUUUGUAUGUGCUAUUUAAACACUUCAAGAAUAUUUAAUCAAAAUCACACAAACUGAUUGAAUUGUUCAGUUUUAGAAAAGAAAAAAAAAACAACUCAAAUUAGUAAGUGUGGUUGUUGAAUUGAAUCUUUAAAAGUAAUUUUUUUAUACACUAUAUUGACUUCACUAGAAGAAACAAAAUUUGUACGUAUCAUACCUGUAAAUAAUGAAUAUAAGCUU